AGGUCCUAUGGAGAACUGACCAACUGCACGUUCCUGGUGGCUCUGAAGAUGAACUGUUUCUGGCCCAACCGAAUGGUGGACGAAUUCUUCAUCCGGGUGCACAGGCACUACUUCCAUGACUGCUCAAUGUCUGGACGGCUGCUUCACGAUCCACCCAAUCGGAUCUUGGGGCCUUUUAUUGUGGUGCCCAUUCUGGUGACGCUACUCAUGACUGCCCUAGUGGUGUGGAGGAGUAAACGCAGCGGAGG